UCGACAUACGACACUAGUAGAAAGGAGCAUAGCCGCGUGAAGUAGUCCGCACUCUGACAUCUGCGCACCGCAAUUAAAGGCGGAGUUCCUUAAGCCGAUUACGAUAGUCAUGUGACCGGUCGUGCCCCCCCCUCCCUCCUCCUACCUUCCCUCGCCCUUACCCCGUAGCCACCUUAUGGCCGAACGCCUUGCGCAAGCCUCGGAAACGCUAGUCAAGCUGUGUAUCUCGGAUCGUGGCGCACAAGGAGUCAGUCCAGUUGAACAGACCUGCCACUCCGAAAAGGAAAAACGACCGCUAAACUUGGAGCGGGGCGACAGAAGCGUUUCGCUCACCGCACAACGACACAGAGCAUCUCGAGCGGCGGCCGAGCUGCGUGCGCUACCGUUCUCCAGCCCGAGCGGGUGACGCUUCCUCGUCCAAAGGAUUUCGUAGACUUGGAACAGGCACUCGUUUUCAGAGGCCUGGCGUAGGUCCAGCUUAGAGGGACUCCCCCCUCGCGAGAGCUCUGUCCUCUCGGUUCAGAGAGCGCGCCGGAUCGUUCUCGUCGGGGUUUUGGAACGACCAGGGCGGAGGACGGUCAUGGCGCAAGCGACCGAGUACGCGGUGUUCGGCGCUCUCAUGGCGCUCAACUUUGGCAUCGGACUCUAUUUCUCGCUUCGGCGAAAGGCCCGCUCCGCGGACACCACGGCCGAAGUGUUCCUCGGUAGCCGCGCCCUGCGCUCGUUCCCGCUGGCGGCGUCGGUUGUGGCGAGCCUCAUCUCAUCCACGGGACUCGUCGGUUUCACUGGACACUUCUACGCGUACGGCUUCCACCUGAUGUGGAACGGCCUGAACACCAUAGCUGUGGCCCCUCUGGUGGCGUGCUUGUUCCUUCCAGUGUUCUACGCCCUGCGCAUCACAUCUGUGUUUGAGUACAUUCGCCUGCGCUUCAACUCGGCGAUAUCGUUAACGGCCUGCGGAAGCUACCUGUUCCUGACGCAAAGCAUAGGCGCCCUGUCCAUCUACGCAGCCAGCUUGACCAUUGUCACAAUUUUUGGAGCACCCCUUAUCUGGUGUAACAUCGUAAUCGGAGUAUGCGGAACUCUCUACACGGCACUGGGCGGAUUGAGAGGCGUUGUUUGGACGGACUGCAUGCAGCUAGUCUUCAUUCUACUCGGCCCCACAACGGUCAUCGCGAAGAUCAUCGUGGAUUCGGCUAGCUCUAGAGGUGCCUCGCAGGCACUGCACGAACUGGAUCUUCGCACUUACGUGGCGAACGUGGCGUUCGACAUCACUCACGAUGAGAACGUCUGGUCUGCAUUUGUAGCGUCAACGACGGCUUCCAUCUACCGAGUAGGUUUGGACCAAGUUGUUGUGCAGAGGUGCAUGGCUUCACGAACUCUAGGCAGCGCCCAGAGAACCGUUUUGAUGGGAUCACUCAUGCUUGUUGCCGUGUAUGCCACCAAUUUAGCUGUCACUGUGGCCUUGAUAGUGUGGUUUUGGGGCUGUGAUCCGAAGUUGUCCGGCGCUAUCAAUAGCUAUGAUCAGAUUUUGCCGUAUUAUGUGAAAACCUUCCUCGUGAACAUUCCGGGAUUCACUGGACUUUUCCUCGCAGCCGUUGUAAGUGCUGCAACAAGCACCAUAUCGUCAAUCAUCAACUCCCAGGCGGCGGUACUCUAUGUUGACGUGCUGUCCCCUAAUAUCAAAGGCGUGAAUUCUCAUGUCAAAUGGAUCACAAGAGGCACGGCAUUCCUUCUUGGCGCUAUGAUGACGCUGUACAGCUGUGUCUGUGUCUACAUGGGAUCUAUUACAAGGGUCAUAAUGAUGGUGCUUUCUGCAUCAACGGGACCCUUCGUAGGCUUGCUGUUAUUGGCGAUUGCGUUCCCAUUCGUUCAUACGAAGGGUGCGGGAAUUUCGACGCUUCUGCUCCUGGGAUUCCAGCUACUGGUCAUGUGGCAAGCAAUCUACACUGGAGCCAAGCCACCGCUCAUGCCGGUAACGCUCGACUACUGUCCGGAAAACAGCACCGACGUUCAAAGCAGCUCAAAUUUUACAACGCUUCCACCAAUUGCAAGGACACACACCUCCGACUCUUUUCACUUGUCGCCCUUUUGGAGUUGUCUCUUCAGCACCUGCGGCACAGUCGUGCUUGGAGUACUGAUAAGCGUUGCAACAGGUGAACACAAACAGCGGAAAGCUGAGGUGGCACACGUGAACAAAUGGUUUGUUCAUCUCUGGAGAAAGCUUGGAUUUGUCGAAUAUGACAUGAAAGAACUGAAUGGAGCGAAGGAAAAAGACGCUGAUCAAACAACCACAGCUUUAUUACUUAACAGGGACGCGCACAAGCCUGAGACGACAAUAUGAUUGACUGAAUAUUUAAGGAAAGAAUGAUCUCCAUAUUUUUUCAUCACGCACUGAACGGCUUCCGCCGUUCUCGAAAACUAGAGGUUAAAGAUGAUUUUAGUUUCGCUUGAGCAUCACUGCCAUCCUCUGUAUUUCGAGCUCUUGUAGAAACGUUCGCUGACUGUAUCAGGCUCACUUAACUCACUAGGGCAGGCUAAUGUGGUUGUCUUUGAGUGCAUCUGUAAACCCACCUUAAUAGAAGCGCUUUGACGUAGAGGGAACACUACUUUCGUAUAAAUGAAGAUCUGCAUUGAAUGUUCUGCAUUACAGCAUGAGAUUGCACUUAUUCCAGUCAUCGUUAUUAGCAAGAUCACCAAUAAUUUCAUUCGUUUAGAUCGCGUUCAUCUGUGUGUAUUGUGCAAGCGUGUAGGCAUACUGAGUUAAAUAAAGACACGAUUUCUUACCAA